AUGCCCAGCAAAGGCGUCCAGGUAUACACGUAUGUUGCCGUGCCCGGCAUCUCGAUUGGGCUGUCAGUGCCGGGGCAGACGGUGCGGCGCAACGAGCUGCGCGUGUUCCACGAUGAGAACCUCGAGGUCGACACCAAGCAUAUCCCGGGCCUGCUGAGCACGACCGGCCGGUUCUCGUUCAAGGUGGUGCGCGACGACGGUGGCGAGGUGCUGACGGAGCAGUGGAUCGAGGUAAACGCGCUCACCGGUGACGCCGGCAGGGGAACGCUGCACAAGAUAUCGGAGACGCAGUCGGUGGUGCAUGAGGCCAGCGGGUCGAUUGUGUCGUAUGGGUUCUAUGAGUCUGGCACGGGCAUCGCCGACCUGCCGGACCGACACCAGUGCUAUGUGACGGUGACACCCAAUUAUGGCAGCUGGAUGGGCCAGGUCGCGCCGGCUGGGUCGCCACAGGCGGAGCAGCCAUUCCGCAAGCUGGCGCUGCCGGCGCCGCAUGACGUGGGUAUGAACAGCAUGGUCAAUUGCACGGCCGUGCUGGCGCACGCCGGCAGCGCCGUCAUCUCAACCAUGAUCAAGGAGAGUAAAUGGGCCGGCCACCUGGCCGACGUGGUGACCGGCAAAGCCAUCGAGGCCAUUGCGCCCAACAUUGUCAGCAGCCUGGCCAUCACGCAAAAGGACCCGUUGACGACGAUCCUGCAGCUGGGCGCGCGCUAUUUUGAGUUCCGCCCGGCACACUGCCACGAGGCCAUCCUGCCGUCCAACGCGCUGCCGGACGGGCUGUACUUUCAGCACAGCGCCAUUCCGGGCAUGUCGUACGACGCCUUCCUCGACGACCUUGUCGGCUUCCUGCAGGCGCACCCGGACGAGAUCGCUGUCGUGCAGCUACGCUGGGACGGCGUGCCCGACAAGUGCAAGCGGCCCAUCGAGCAGGACCUCAACGACAGUGUGUUCAGGGCGCUCGCCCACACCGACGGUGCCAUCGCCAGCGGCAACCUUGACGACCUGCGCAACUGCUCCAUCGCCCAGCUGCGCGGCGAUCGCAAGCGUCUGCUUGUCCUCGUCAACGUCGACUCCCUCUCGACCUACACGGACGAGGGCAAUGCCACCACCAGCGGCGAUGCCAUCGUGGCCGGCUUUAGCAGCGCCCUGCAUCCCGAGGCCGCCCAGGGCAAGGCCUUUGUCAACAUCCAGGUCCAGGCCACUGCCACCAACAUCCCGGCUGCGGUUGCUUACAGCGUGCUGUCUGCCAGUGCCUCUACCAGCUGUCUGCUGGCCACCAAGGCGCUCGUUGAUUCCAAGGCCCUGCCGUGGGUGCGCGACAACACUGCUCGCACCUGCGGAGACGACACUCUGGUGGUCAUCAUGAACGACUUCUUUGACGGUGCCACGGCCGAUGUGGCUGUCGAGUUGAGCCGCCAGCGGCUGCAAUAG